AUGGAUAAUUCACAAUAUUUCGAAUUAUUCAUAAAAAAGAAAAACAUUACUAGAAGUAAUUGGGGUGGAUAUACUUUAGAUAUACAAUUAUGGGAAGAUGAGGAAUCACCUAUUGUCAAUUUGAGAUCUAUAAAAGAUGUUUCAUUUGAUGACUUGGAAAACAAUGGUAUUUUUACUGAUCGAUUAAUAGGGCUUGGAUCUUCAUUUUUAACUAAGUCACCAGAAUCUGGACUUUAUAUUUUGGCAAAAUGUAUCAUGAGAAAAAUGUCACUUGCAGAUAUUACUGUUUUAUAUUAUCAUCGUUAUCUACAAUACAUUGAUUUGACGCAUAACAAUCUUACAAAUUUAAUACCACUGGGUGGAAUUCCUUAUUUAAUGUAUUUAAAUGCGUCAUAUAAUAAACUCAUAGAUAUAUUAAAUUUUACACCACCUUGGUAUUUAACUUACGUAAAUUUAUCUCAUAAUCAUAUAACUCAAAUGUGCGAUCUAAGUAGUUUUUGGAGUAUUGUUAGAUUAGAUUUAUCUCACAAUGAAAUUGAAGUUAUUUUUGGAUUGCAUAAUUUAAAAUAUUUACAAUACUUGAAUUUAUCUUACAAUUCAAUCGAAUAUAUUGAAAAUUUAGAUAAUUUAAACAUUAAGGAAUUAAAUUUAGAAGGAAAUUGCAUAACAUCAUAUAAAUGUAAUAAAUCGGAUAGCGGUAUGAAAAGUUUAAUCAAUUUGAAAACUAUUAUAUUGGGAUAUAAUAAAUUAUCUAGCUUAGAUUUUUUCAAAGAUGCAUGCAGUUUAAGAUUCAUAGAUUUAAAGUAUAAUAAAAUUAUAGAUCUUUUAGAAGUAUCAAAUUUAAAAGGAUCGAUAUAUGAAAUAGAUCUUAGAGGAAAUGUAUGCAUAAAAUGGCCCAAUUAUAGAGAUGUAAUUUUAUUUUCUAUUCCAAGUGUUAUGUUUAUUGAUGGCAUCGAAGUAUCUAUUAUGGAAAAGGUACACAAAAAGAUAUCUGCAGCAACCUUAUUUGCCCCGUCAUUAAAUUUGAUAACUGCACGUAAUAUCAGUAAACUGACUUUAUUAGAACAUUUGAGUACACCUAAAAUAGAUACACAUGUGAUCGCAUAUGAUAAAAUCAGGCCACCAUUAUUAAUAUUGACUGGUCCAUCUGCAGUAAAAAAAAGAGCAUUAGCUUUACAUAUAUCGUAUACAAUUCCUAAUAAAGUAAAAUACUGCAAAUGGUAUACUACUAAGCAAUUAGAAAUUCGUGAAAAUGAAGAAAAAACAUUUAUUUUCGUUAAACGAGAAGAUUUUAACGAAAUAGCUUGUUGUGGUAACUUUUUAGGAAUCCAAGAAUUGUUAGGACACAGUUAUGGAUUUCAUAUGAAUGAAAUAGCUUCAUUAAUAAUGGAACAAAAAAUUGGCAUAACUCAAGCAGACUUACAUACAACUAUGCAAAUAUGUAAUCGCUAUUUAAAUGUCAAGCCUAUCUUGGUAAUUACAAAUGAUAUUGCUCAACAUCGAAGUUGGAUAGAGGAUAAAUUUGAUAUUUAUUCUUGGAUUCAAGAUAGUGUAGGAGAUUUGCUCGCUAUCAACAUAGGCAAACAUACGCAUAUUAAGAAAGAGUCCAAAAGCAGUAUAUUGAACUUUAUUUUAAGUAUUAUAGAGCAGAUAAUGAAUAGUUUAAAAUUACCUGGAUAUAGUAUGUUCGUUAGACCUCAAGGUACUGGAGCAACAACAACUGAUAUAAUAUAUGAAAGUAAAACUAUGUUACCAAAAAUUACAAUAGUUCAAGAUUCAUAUUUGUUUACUGACAAUAAGCAACGAUUCAAUGAUUUAAAGGUCUUAUUAGAUGAGGAAUCAAAUAUAAUUAUACACAAUUACAAAAUAAAUGAUAAGAUAGAACAUGAGAUUUCUGCUGAUGAUGAUAUCGAUGAUACUAGUUCUAGUGAAGAAACAUUGCUAGCUUUACAAUAUGAAAAUGAUAACGAUGAAAAGUCAGAAAACUUGAAACGUAUAUACGUUGAACUUGUUUUAAGAACAAGGAAGAUAUAUUUAGAACAUCAUGAAAAAAAUCCAGGAUUUUUUUCUCUUGUGUUAUUAACAGACAAUUAUACUGAAGCAUUUAAUAUUUUGAUGAAUUUUAUUGAAAAAAUAUGCGUAAAGCAAUUAUUCCGAAGUCUGGAACAUAUACCAGAAAUUAAAUAUCUUCUACGAGUGGCUAUUCCUGAUCGUAUUCCAUAUGUUAUUGAUAAAAUGAAAGAAUCUUUAUCCAUUCCCAAAAUAAGACAAAAUAAGAAAUUAGAAACAGAUAGCAUAACAAUAUGA